AUGACUAGCAAGAGUAGUGGGGCGAGGUGGUCCCUGUGGGGCUUUUGGGGCAGUACCUCAGCCAGAGAGCUACGCAGGGCUCGCUAUGGGGUGCUGAGGACCAUCCGUCGGGGGGGCUUUGCCCCCAUCAAGUUGGCCAAGCACCUGCCCACGGACUCCCUGGUGGCUGUGAAAAUCCUGGACAAGACGGACAUUGACUUCUCUGCCUCAGAAGCGGACAUCCUAAAGUCUGUGGAGCACCAGAACAUCGUCAAGCUGUUCCAGGUGGUAGAGACACGGGAGCGAUUGUACUUGGUGAUGGAGUACAUAGAUAGAGACCUAGCGGACUAUGUGCAAGAGGUGGACUGCAUGGAUGAAGAAGAGGCCAGGCAGAUAUUUUGGCAGAUUUUGAGCGGCGUCAAAUACUGCCAUGACAAUUUCAUUGCUCACAGGGACCUCAAGGCAGAAAAUAUCCUGCUGGACAGCAGGGGCACGGCCAAGCUCUGUGACUUUGGGCUGAGCAUACGGUUUCUGCCCCGGCAGCUGCUGGACAUGGAGUGUGGGACAAUGGCCUACUGGCCACCUGAGAUGUUCAAGCAGCAGAGAUACCAGGGCCCCAAGAUGGAUGUCUGGAGCCUGGGUGUGCUCCUUUAUUACAUGGUGAUGGGUGAGCUGCCCUAUAAAGGCGGCUCACGAGUUGUCCUGAGAGAACAGGUGCUGUCAGGAGUCUUUCUAGUCCGAAGAAGUUUCUCCCGUGAGCUUCGGGGGAUUUUGGCAUACAUGAUGAAGUCCGAUCCUGAGCUGAGGCCAUCUGUUUGGCAAUUAAUGCACCACCGCUGGUUCAGACAACAUGAGGCAGCCCUAGCUUGUCCCACGCAGAAAGUUCAGGAGCAGCCAGACCCUACCAUCCUGCAUAUUAUGUCCACAUACCUUGGAUUUGCCCCAGAGGAGGUGCUGGAAGCCCUGUCUGGCAGGACUUUCAAUGCUGCCAGGGCCACUUUCCAUAUUCUGCAGCAGCAGCAAGACCUGGGCCAAAAUUUGGCAAAUUUGGCCCGCCUGAUGAGGUACCCCCUUCCUGGGCCUCCACCUUGUCCCUCGCCUGUGCAACCAUUCUGUCGAAAGGUGCCCUUCAAGAGAGCCAGUGCUCCUGUGCGCCACCCUGCUACUGGCCUGCCUGCUGAGCAGCAGGAGGAGGGUAGCAGGAAGGGCACCAGGUCUGUGCACCUCCCCUCUGUCCUCUGGAGCUCCAGAACAUCUGCCACAGAUGGGGAGACUGAGGACAGCCAGCCUCCCCCUGCUCCAGCAGCAGCCGCAGCAAUGACCCUCCCCAUGGACCAACCCAGGGAACUGACCUGCCUGGGCCCUGAGCAGGAGAACCAUGUGGGCAGCAGGGCCGAUUCUCUCCCGGCCCCUAAGCAGGAGAAGCAAGUGGGCAUCAGGUCUGAUUCGCUCCCAGACAUCUUAUACAAUACGUGGACAAGGGGCUCAGAGGGGGAGAGGGAUAUCAGCUCGGCUGCCCCACAUCAGGAAACCUCUGCUGAGGAGUGCAAGGACCCAGGGGAGACAGAGGAGAGAAGUGAGGUGGCUUUAGAAACAAGUGAAGCAGAAACACCCACCAGGAGCACAGAGGCAGCGAUGGAGGGCAGCGCCCCUCCUUCCUCGGAUCCUGCAGAUACAGAAACUUCCACAAAUGGGAGAGGCAGGCGUUGGAAGAGGCUGAAGCAAUAUAUUGGUAAUUGCCUUAAAAAAUUUUGUUGCUGCUGUCUACCUGGUUGA